UGCUCCUAAUUAGCUCGGCGGCAACAAGACAAGUGUCGGCAAAAGCUAUGGAUACUACAUGUCAGAAUUGAAUGACCAAGACCUCACAAGUGAAUCUCAGUUGAUUAAACCAUCCCUUGCUCAUAACAUUCCGCCCGUCCAGCAAGCAACGCGAGUACAUCCGCGCCCAAUCACAAGCCGCCACCAUUUCCACGGCCGGGCAAGCUCCACGCCUGGUUUCCGUCAACUCCAUCCUCCGAUCUCGAAACCUGCCUCUCGGCUUUUCUGCUUUUCCUUUCUCUCUACGCCCACCGCCCCCCAUACUCUCCCCACGCGUCGAAUCCUUUCUCAGGUCUUCCUUGCUGUGUCAAUUGACCUCGUUCCACCGGCAUCAUGGGCAUCGUCGAGGAUGAGCUUAAGCAUCUGAAGGAUGUGGUCACCGGCCUCGAGUCGCGCAUCAAGCGUCUCGAACAGCGCGGUACCGGCGCUUCGCCCUCGACCGAGGAGAUUCGCAUGAUCUUGAUCGGCCCUCCUGGCGCUGGCAAGGGAACCCAAGCCCCCAAGCUCAAGGAGCGAUUUUCCUGCUGCCACCUUGCCACCGGCGACAUGCUGCGUUCCCAGGUUGCGAAGAAGACGCCCCUCGGGCGCGAGGCGAAGAAGAUCAUGGACCAGGGCGGUCUGGUCAGCGACGACAUCAUGAUCGGCAUGAUCAAGGAGGAGCUCAACAACAACAAGGAGUGCCUCGGCGGCUUCAUCCUCGAUGGUUUCCCCCGAACCGUGCCUCAGGCCGAGGGUCUCGACGCCAUGCUCCGCCAGCGCAACAAGAACCUGCACCACGCUGUUGAGCUGCAGAUCGACGACUCCCUCCUCGUCGAGCGUAUCACUGGCCGCCUCGUCCACCCGGCCUCUGGCCGCUCGUACCACCGCACCUUCAAUCCUCCCAAGGAGGCCAUGAAGGACGACGUCACCGGCGAGCCCCUUAUCCAGCGCUCCGACGACAACGCCGAGGCUCUGCAGAAGCGCCUGGCUGUCUAUCACCAGCAGACCGCGCCGGUUGUGCAUUACUACCAGAAGACCGGCAUCUGGAAGGGCUUGGAUGCCAGCCAAGAGCCCGGACAGGUGUGGAAGAACAUGCUGCAGAUUGUGGAGGCUGGGCAGAGCAAGGGUCACGGUUCGACGAUCCUGAGCCGCAUCACUGGCUCGAACUAAGCAAGAAGGGCAGAAAGCCGACAGCUACGGUCAUCACGUCGCUGUGACGAGAUGUACUGACGCAUGCAUGUACCACAUUGUCAAACUUAGCCGAGACCAUGAAACUAGCAU